CCUCAUUUUUUGUGGGGGUUGGGCGGUGAUCAUCAGAUUUACGUUUAUGUUCAUGGACUGGAUAUUCCAAUAAGGAUUCGGGAAGAGUCCUACGAAAACGAGGUCAAAAUUGGAAUUUUAUAAGGAGAUAAUAGAAAAAAACCUGUUACCAGCCUCUUUCAACAAAAACUGGACUGAAACAUUUUACUUGUGGUGUUCUCAAUUAAAGAAUCUUUUUAUUAUUUGCGUUUUAUUUGGUCGUGCCUUUCUGAAAGUUUCCAAGAUCAUUUGAGUAAAAAAUCCAUUCAUAAAAAUGCAAAAAAAUUGAUUAUUUUGUGUUAGGUAAACAAAUCGCAAAAAUAUAAUAAUGGUUACCCUUGAUCAACAUUGAUCAACGAUCCAAGUGUCUUCUAAUGAAAGUCUUGUAGUUUCUAACAAAUUUCAUAACCUUGAAGUAGUAGAUAGUUUCAAGUUUCGAUAAGGUAAAAUGAAACUUUUUAUAUAGAUGCUAAUUUUUUGUUUUUUGAAUUUAACAAUUCUACAAAUAAAUUGUAUAAAAAUAAGUCAUCGCUCUUCUUGAGAAAAGAAAGGACAAAUUUUGCUAUGUAUCACUUUCUCUGUCACGCUAACAACAAAUAUAUUUGUGCACAAAAAUGUUUGGGGAUGCUUGUUCGUAUGGCAAAAACAGACUUCAUUAUUACAUAAAAAAUUCCACACCCCUUGAAAAAUAAUUUUUUUCACAAAUAAAUCCAAACUUUAGAACAAAAAAAAUUAAUUAUUAAGUGUUUAGCGAUGGUUUCCGACAGUAGGCUUCACUUCGAAGCUGUUGCCCACCGACCGUUAUCAUUUUUCCGACGCGGAAGGUCUGACAGACAGAUCAAUAGAUAAAAUCCGCUUGCCAUCAAUGGCAUGGCAAUGGGAAGGAGAUUGGCAGCUGGAACUCACCUUAGAUGGUCAACCUUUAGACCAUAAUGGCUGGGCAUACGCUGUGGAUUUCCCUAGCACAUACUUUCCCAAAAAGCAAUGGACUAGUUGCGUUAGACGAAGGAUCUGGGUCCGAACAGCAAAGUACUGUGCAAUGAAUUCGUGGUGUGCUAUAGCUCCUCUGCACAAAGAUGCUACUUCAGAACCUUUCAUAGACGUCUCUAUUGGAGGACAACAUGUGCCUGGAGCCGAGCCGGGAAUUAUGCUAGUGUGGGCUGUAACAGCCCACAACAGGGUAAUGUUUAGACAAGGUGUGAGUACCAAAUCCCCUGAAGGAUGCCGUUGGAACCAUAUCCAGGUACCGCCUGGUUGCGAAGUCAAUCAGAUCAGCGUAGGCCCUGCUGGGUUAGUGUGGGCGGCUCUGUUGGAUGGUAGAGCGAUUGUCAGAAUGGGAGUCACUAGAGAUAAUCUGCAGGGUGAAUUGUGGGUGGAAGUCCGGUGCCCAGGCGAAAACUUAAAAAUUAACCAGCUUAGUGUGGGUAAUUGUUCUGUAUGGGCGGUGACACACGACAGACAAGUAUGGUUUCGAAAGGGUAUAAAGGGCGAAGGGGCGGGAAUGAGCGAGGAACUAGCCGCGGGCUGCGGUUGGGUCGAGAUGGUUGGUCGUAUGUGUCAAAUUUCUGUCACGUCCAACGACCAGGUGUUUGCGGUUGGCGCGGACGACCGCGUCAUCUACUAUCGAACCGGCAUUUACGCCCAAGAUCCGACUGGGAAACGGUGGAAGGCGUUGGCGGCUCCCUUACAAGUCAGUAGAGCUAGUAGCAACGCCAGUCUCGGUAGAGAUAAAUUCCAUCGUAGCUUGAAUCACUUGGGGAGUCGCCCGUGUAGCAUGAUAGAGCAGUCCCACCUGCCGGACUUGGAGGAGCAAUCACAUUCCGCACCUUUGGUACCGACUUCUUUGCCGAUUGGCGAUUGUAAAUUUGAGAUUCAACCGAAGAAUCCCAAAGCUUGGAGUCCAGUACACUCAGUCGGAUCGAUAGUUGGGACUGAAGUGCACCCAGAAACAGAUGAGAGUGUAUGGAGCGAAUCUAGUCGGGAUUCCUGUAUUUUCGCGGAAGACGAGGAGAUGGGCUGGGCGGAGUACGAUACCCCAUGGAGCUGGGUAGAUGCUGGCGCUUGUCUAAUAGAACCGAACCAACCACCCAAUUGGUUCUCCGAGGCAGGUUUUGGGUCGAUGCCAGAAGAAUUCGAACAGCCCUGGCGUAAAAAAAUCCUAGACGACUUAAAAUCGCGAUUACCCAACCAAGACAAGUACGGGUUAUACGAAAGAGCGGUCGAUACGACGUCCUGGAUUCAACGGGUCGAGGCCAAAGUUAAUUUGGGAAAUUCCUUGUACACGGACUGCGUUCUGCAGCUUGAAUGGAUACAGACUGCCGGAACAUUGACGAUAUUGAAUCCCGACGGUGCCACGGCUAUGUAUUCGUUUACCUUGGCCGACGUGACUUGCGUGCAGUUGAGUAGCGAACCUGGAAGUCCCAGGCUGUCGGUUCACACGCCCCGAAACUAUCCGGCAAUUGUAGUUUUGCAGUUUACCAGCGACGCUGUUUUGGAAGAGUGGCAAACUCAUUUCGCUACAACCUGCGGGAAACUGCGUGAUGCUUUGGGCAAACCCAGCGAGGAAUCAGUCUGGGCUGUAACCAACCUGGGAGAUGUGUUCUUGUGGGAUCCCAGUCACCUCGAGGGCAACCAGCUGCGCGAGGACGACUGUUAUGUGCAAAAGUACAAUCUUAGCGGCAAAGAAUGUCCAGUUAAGGUGGCGUUACACGUGGGCUGCAUGCCCGGAACCAUAAUCACCCUAACCGGAUGCGUGAGUGAUGAAGCCGAACGUCUGGGUAUCAAUCUUGAAGCCCACACAACUUACAAGCCCAAACACAAAGCUUUCGCGGAAUGGCAGAAUGUCUGCCUUCACUUUAACCCCAGAUUUGGGGAAGAAUGCGUAGUUAGGAAUUCAAUGAUAGAGGGCAAAUGGGGCACCGAGGAGAAACACGGCCCAAUGCCUUUCUCGAGGGGACAAGAGUUCAAGGUGCAAAUAGAGAGCACUGAAGAUGCCUUUAUAAUUUUUAUAGACGACGAAAAGUUCACUAGUUAUAGGCACCGAUUGCCUCCGCAGUGCGCUUGUAUUUUGCAUUUGUGGGGUAAAAUGCAACCCUUCAGGCUAGUUAUCAAAAGUCCCGUGAUCGCGGUAGAUCCUUUAGAAUUAUAUUGGAGACAACUAGGAGGACAUUUGAGACGGGUUGAGAGUUGUAACGCAGGAGUCACUUGGGGUAUCGGUUAUGAUCACACUGCUUGGGUAUACAACGGGGGCUUCGGUGGUGGCUUUCUGGGCACUUUGGAUAGUCAGACAGUACAUCCAAUGGCGGAUUCACAAGAUUACAGAGUGUACGAAAAUCAAAGAUGGAAUCCGGUGGCGGGAUACAGCGCUUCAGGUUUGCCAACCGAUAGACACAUGUGGAGCGACGCUAGCGGUAAGCAUAAGAGGCCCAAGGACCAAGUCAAACUACUCUCAAACCAUUGGCAGUGGAUUUCCGACUGGAUGGUCGAUUUUCACGUCCCUGGUGGUGUCGAUAAAGACGGAUGGCAGUAUGCCGUAGAUUUUCCCGCUACUUAUCAUUCAUACAAAUCUUAUCUGGAUUUGGUUAGAAGAAGAAGAUGGUAUAGAAGGUGCGCCAUAGCCACAACUGGGCCCUGGCAAGAGUUAGGUCACACGAAACUGUUAGAUGUUUCUCUUGAGCCCGUUAGCGACGAACCCGAUGCGAAAAUAUCUGUCUGGGCUUUGGCGUCAGGUGGCCAGGCGAUGGUUCGAGUAGGCGUUUCGAGAGCUAAUCCAUUAGGUCACGUUUGGGAACAUGUCAAAACUGACCAACCGCUCAGCAGUGUCAGCUGCGGACCAUAUAAUCAAGUAUGGGCCACAGGUAAAAAAGGCUGCGCAUAUGUAAGAAGAUACAUCACAAGAGAGUUGCUGGAAGGAGAGCGUUGGACAUGUGUGGAACCUCCACCAGGGGCGCAGCUUAAGCAGAUCUCGGUCAACUCGGCAGGAAUAUGGGCAGUGGACACGCUGGCCAGGUUAAAUGUAAGGAAGGAGGUCACCGACGUUUUCCCCGAAGGUACACAUUGGCAGACCAUUGUGCCUGAUCCGCCUAUAUUAAGUUCUGCACCAAACACCAAGGGUUUUAAACACGUUAGCGUAGGCAAGUCAGAGGUAUGGGCGGUGACGGAUGGUGGAGUUGUCGUGAGAAGAUUGGGUCUUUCUCCAACCAAUAUUGCUGGGUCUGGCUGGGAUAUUGGUAUCGCAGGUAACUGGCAGCAGAUUAGCAUUAGAGCUUUCAGGUGAGAAAAGAUAUUUUUUAAGCUAAAUUUUUUGGUUUGACAGCAAGCAAUUGUGAUCUUUGUGUUAAAAGGCCAUUAUUUUAAUUGAUAUUGUAUAUCAGUGUCCUUCAUUACAUUCCAAAUUAAUUUAAUAGUUUAAAUUCACAGUUUAUAUAAUAUCUACUUAAUAUAUUGUAUAUGUGAAAUAUUUCUGGAUGCUUCCAAGAAACAUGGCAGAUUUUUUUGUCAUUCAGUAUUAUCUUCGGCUGAAAAUAUCACCAUUUAUUUGAAAUUUACAACGCUGUGCAUUUAAAUUUUAGCUUAUCUUGUUAUGGACAAAUAUACUUUAUAUAUAUUUAAAACAAAAUAAUGUAACAAUGUUUUACUAGCUGAAUAUUUUAUUUUAUUUUUCAUUGAUAUCUUUUGAAGUGAUUUUUUUUAUUAUUUAAAGUGUUCAUCAAAUUGAUUGAUUGUGAUAUUUUAUUUGUUUUAGUUAAAU